AUGGAUCUGAAGGACCGCUUAAAGAGGUUUGAUACACACUCUCCAGUAUCCAAAGAAUUUCGUGUUUACACUGUUCAGGGUGCUGUUCUAUCCAUCGUUACUUUAGUCUUCGUCGGGUAUCUUGUCACCGCUGAUUUUUUUUUCAAUUUCCAAGUAACGCUUCAGGAAAAAGUUCAUGUGAAUGCAAGCAGUCCGUCGGGAAUUGAGCUGGAGUUCGACGUCAGUUUGCCGGAUGUCCCGUGCUCCAAGCUUAGUAUCGAUGCCAACGACCCGAAUGGACAAAAGCAAUCCCUUCAUUUAGACACAGAUCAUCAUGUAUGGAAGCAUCGUAUUACUUUAUUGCCUAACGGGCACCGCCAACUAUUAGGAGAGCGAUCUAAACUUGAGCUGGGAAGCACUUUGCUGACGGAAAAAGACUUAGAAGUGAAAGCAGAGGAGCUGCAGAAUGCCAAGGACAAUUCUGAAUCGAGGACUGAAAUGACACCGUGUGGUGAUUGUUACGGCGCAGGAGAGGAAGGCGAAUGCUGCAAGUCUUGCGAGGACGUGAAAAGAGCCUACAAAAGACGGGGGUGGUCGUUGCGAGAUACAUCGGGAGUGUCGCAGUGUCGAAGAGAGUCGGGAAUCGCGGAAGCAGAAGGUGAGGGAUGUAAUGUACACGGAGUCGUGGCAUUGUCAAGUGGAGGAGGAAACUUGCACAUUGCUCCGGGACGGGAUACGGAGGCCAAUUUUCCUGGAGGAAUGAAUAUUUUCGACGCGCUUUUGCAAUCGUUUCAUCAGUGGAAUGUGUCGCAUCAAAUCCACAAACUGCGCUUCGGAAAGGAUUAUCCUGCUGGUGUCUAUCAGUUGGAUGGCGAAACGAGAACAAUUACAGAUGGAUACGGCAUGUAUCAAUACUAUUUUCAGGUCGUCCCUACCCGAUACACUUUUUUGAAUGGCACGACAAUCCAGACACACCAAUACAGCGUGACAGAGCAUCUCAGGCAUGUAAGCCCUGGAUCCAAUCGAGGGUAUUCCUUAAACUCCAGAAUGCCUGGCAUUUUCUUCUUUUACGAAGUCAGUCCGCUACACGUCGAUAUAAUGGAAGUCUAUCAAAAGGGCUGGAUUGCAUUUCUUACAAGCGUCUGUGCCAUCGUCGGCGGGGUAGUAACCAUCGCUGGAUUGAUCGAUCAUGUCAUUUUCAGUAGACAACAUUCGUCCAGAGAGCUGAUGCGAUGA